CUAACUUAGUGCUGCAUCAGACUGUGGAGCGUAUUCAUGUGGGCACAAAGUACGGGGACAUUCCUCGAGGGAUCUUUGUGGUUAGAGGAGAAAACGUGGUCUUGCUAGGAGAAAUAGAGAAGCUGGGCUGCAGGGCCCAUCCUCACCUUAUGUAGCACCACUCCAGAGAGCCCUUUUCUAGUGGAAGCAAGAGAUACUCCCUGGGAGCUUGACUUUCCCAGUUAAGCAGAUCACCAAAUGGCCUGGGAUCAAAGUGAUGAUGCACAGCCUUCUGCUGCAGGCAUUUAAGGCACCAAGCACGAUUCAGGUCACAGCUGCAGGACCCAGAGGUGGACCUUGAGAAGCUCGGGAAGAGCCAACAGGCCAUCCUUGAGAGCAGAGGUAAGAGCAGCAGCAGCACAUCUGCAGGGAAGCAUGCUCCUCGCCACAUUUAAGCUGUGUGCUGGGAGCUCCUACAGACACAUGCGCAACAUGAAAGGUGAGUCUGGGCCGUGGAAGUGCUUCCGGGAACCUUCAGACAGUGUGGUUUUGUGGGAGAUCCUUGAGGGGGGCAGGCCAGUUGUGCCUUUUACUGGGUGAGCCUGGGUAAGUCUUUUUCCCUCUGGACUUCAGUUUUCCACAGAAAAAUUGGGCUGGGUGCUAAGAUGCCUAUGUCCCACCCAGAUUCUGUAAUUUCUAGUCUCCACUCGAAGGCUGCAGCCGUACUGGAGCUUGUCUUGACUUUGCCUUCCUUUUGGAUUGGACAAGACCUGGGACAAGGGUCCCAGGCAAGUCUUGCCCACGGGGGUAGGAGAAGCAAGCUUCGACUCCAAGAAGCAGUGCUGCAAGCCUAAGACACUGCCCUUACUUAGGGAAGAAGGCACAGGAAGAUGGGGAGCAGGACAGCAGAAGACAGAGAAUAUGGGUGGGGAGUCUGGUUAGUGUGUAGCCAAGAAGCAGAAUGUGGCGGUGGGGAAACCUUAGGAAGCAGACAGGGCUUUGCCUACUCAAAAUUCAGUGGCUCAGUGAGUGGCACUCUCAUGUGAAGGACCCCAGCUGCUCGCACAUACACAUUCCUCAGGGGUUUCUUGUACUCUGCUAGACUGGUAUUUUUCUAGUUAACAAAUCCAGUAGGCGCUGCCAAAACUCUACAUCCAGGUAGAGUCAGGUCUAACCUGAUCACCCCCAUUUCCAAGACAGAAGGCAGAUUUCUAGGCCCUGGAAGUGCUAGGGGAAGUUGACCAAGCACUGAACUAGGAGUUAGAGACCUGGCCCUAGUUCAGGUCUCAGCUCGGAAUCUUUGUGUUCCUGAGCUAGUCCUUUGCCUUUCCAAGCCAGUUUGCUCAUCUGUGAUGAGCCCCUCUCUAAGAGGCUUUCCAGCUCCUUGGCAAAACUUUCCUUCCUUUCCUGCAGGGCUGAGGCACCAAGCUGUGCUGGCCAUUGGCCAGGAACUGAACCGGAGAGCACUGGGAGACACCAGUCCUGGAUGGAUCAGCCAGGUUCGGCGUAGGAGCUCUCUGCUUGGUUCUCAGGUGGAAGAGACACUCUACAGCGACCAGGAGCUGUCCUAUAUCCAGCAAGGAGAGGUGGCGAUGCAGAAGGCGUUGGGCAUCCUCAGCAGCCAGGAGGGCUGGAAGAAGGAGAACCAGCAGGGGAAUGGGGAUGAAGUACUAAGUAAGGUAGUCCCAGAUGUGGGCAAGGUAUUCCGCUUGGAGGUGGUGGUAGACCAGCCCAUGGACAGACUCUAUGAAGAACUUGUGGAACGCAUGGAGGCAGUGGGGGAGUGGAACCCAAAUGUCAAGGAGAUCAAGGUCCUACAGAAGAUUGGAAAAGACACAGUCAUCACCCAUGAGCUGGCUGCAGGAGCAGCAGGAAACCUGGUGGGGCCCCGGGACUUCGUGAGUGUGCGUUGUACCAAGCGCCGAGGUUCCACCUGUGUGUUGGCAGGCAUGGCCACACAUUUUGGGGAGAUGCCAGAGCAAAAAGGUGUCAUCAGAGCUGAACAUGGUCCCACUUGCAUGGUGCUUCAUCCGCUGGCUGGAAAUCCCUCAAAGACUAAACUCACGUGGCUGCUCAGUAUUGACCUCAAGGGGUGGCUGCCAAAGACCAUCAUCAACCAGGUCUUAUCACAGACCCAGAUGGAUUUUGCCAACUACCUGCGCAAGCGACUAGAGUCCAGCCCUGCCUUGGAAGCCCAGUGUUAGGCCAACCUGCUAUUCCUGACUAUACCUGCUACACGGGCUUGCAUGCUGUCAGCAAAUUCCUGCAGGAGGCCUGCAAGUCUGUUUAAGAUCUUCAUCUACUGACAAUGGGAGGGUUGUAGUUUGAUUCUAGGACUGACUGGUAAAAAAUUUAAUGCCAAGAAAAUAGAGAUAAGGCCCUCAGAGGAAGAGAUUCUAAUUUCUCUCACUGAUUUUUUUUUUGGUCUUUUUGAGACAGGUCUCUCUGUAGCCCCAGCUGUCCUGGAACUCACUAUGUAGACCAGGCUGGCCUUGAACUCACAGAGAUUCACCUGCUUCUGCCUCCCGAGUGCUGGGAUUAAAGGCCCAAACCACCACACCCAUCUCCCUCACUGAUUGAGCUGUGGAAUGAAAACUAAGAUUUGUUAAACUUUUUUGGGCCCUUACACUUACAUAGCAACCUAAGAACCCUAUUAAAAAUGCUAGUGGCACACCUGACAUGGUGGCACACUUUUAAUCCCAGCGCUCAGGAGGCAGAGGCAGGUGGACUUCGGAGUUGUAGGCCAGUUUGGGCUACACAGUGAGACCGUCUUUUUUUUUUUUUUU